GAAGAAGUGACGCUGCAGGGGGAGGAAGGCCGUUUGGGUGCUCUGGUGUUAGAAGACUGAUUUAAAAAUCUGUUUAUGGCAACUUAACGGUCAGAGAUUGUGUUCAUUAAUCCCUCCAGUGGCGGCCUGGAACUGUCACAAUGUUGGCCUCUAGCUACAAAGACGAGGACGGACACAUCAGCGUGUCUGGAUCCGGAGCUGCGGCCGCGGCAGGGGGCGGCUCCCUGCGGAACAAGAAGCCUGAAAACACCGCGUUCAAGCAGCAGAGACUCCCGGCCUGGCAGCCCAUCCUGACCGCGGGGACCGUCCUGCCUGCCUUCUUCAUCAUCGGCCUCAUCUUCAUCCCCAUCGGCAUCGGCCUCUACGUCACGUCCAACAAUAUCAAGGAGAUCGAGAUCGAUUACACGGGCGUAGACAUGUCCAGUCCGUGCUUCAACUGCUCCCAGAACUUCAGCUGGAACAGCACCAAGUCCUGCACCUGUUCCAUCCCCUUCCAGCUGGACCAGCCGUAUGAAAGCAACGUCUUCAUGUAUUACGGGCUCUCCAACUUCUACCAGAACCACCGCCGCUACGUGAAGUCCAGAGACGACAGCCAGCUGAACGGGAACGAGGAAUCCCUCAGGAGCCCCAGUAAGGAGUGCGAGCCGUACGCCAGGCACGACAACAAGCCCAUCGCGCCGUGUGGCGCCAUCGCAAACAGCAUGUUUAACGACACGCUGGAGCUUUUUUAUAACGACCCAAACGGCACCAAGGUCCAGGUUCCUCUGACAGCCACAGAAAUCGCCUGGUGGACGGACAAACACGUGAAGUUCAGGAACCCUGGAGGAGAAGGCUCCGACCUGGCAGCCGCUUUUCAAGGAACGACGAAGCCGGUGAACUGGCGCCGCCCCGUCUACGAGCUGGACUCCGACCCCAACAACAACGGCUUCAUCAACGAGGACUUCAUCGUGUGGAUGAGGACGGCCGCCCUUCCGACGUUCCGCAAGCUGUACCGGAUCAUCCAGAGGAGGAACAACCUGCUGCCCACCCUGCCCCGAGGGAACUACACCCUGGAGGUGGUCUACAAUUAUCCGGUGCGGAGCUUCGAGGGCAGGAAGCGGAUGAUCCUGAGCACCAUCUCCUGGAUGGGAGGCAAGAACCCCUUCCUGGGCAUCGCCUACAUCACCGUGGGCUCCAUCUGCUUCCUGCUGGGCAUCGUCCUCCUCAUCAUCCACCACAAAUACGGCAACCGGAACAACGGAGCCGACGUCUCUCACUGAGGGACCGGCCGGGCCCUGGGCCCCGGGCCCUGGGCCCCGGCUCGGUUCCAGAACCAAGAUGAAGAGUAACCAGAGGAGUUUUAUUCCGGUUGGCUCCCAGAGCGAAGCGUCCAGUUCAGGAACCUCGUCUGGGUCCGUUAUGUGGGACGGACCGGAACGCCGUCCGGACGUUGUUUGCAUCAUUUCUCCUCGUUGGGGUCGAUAUUUGCACGCCUUCGUAGAUCCGUCCGAGCGUUCGGCAGCCGAGGCUUUAUAUCCAGUCAGCGCAUGCAUUGCUGCUCCCUCCGUCUGCUGUUUAUCGUUAAGCUUUAUUUGUCAUUUUAUCACAUAAAUGGAGGAAAAGAGAAAUAUUGGCCUAAAAAAUCGGCUUAUAGCAAUCGGCAGCAGAGAUCCGUGGUCAGUUUGACUGACGUAAAAAUGAAUCCAGAAUGGGUGGAUCCCAGAUUCCCACUGCAGGAAGCAGGUCCUCCUCAGAUCAACCCAGAAUCCAUUUUUCAAUAAAUCUAUUUUGGUUUGCCGCCCAGCGAUCGCGCCUGGAUUCUGACUUCUUCA